UUACAUGAUAUCCUAAUAUUGUUUUACACUCUCCGUUUCCGAUAAAGCUAUAAACUCAACCGUCAAAUCAUAUCAAAUACAACUGGCUUGCUAUGGUGAACUAUAAGCGUGUUUGUGUAUUUCAAUAAGCGAGACGGUGGUGCUCUAGGAUCGGUUGAACGCCUGAUUGUUAAUUAAUCUGUCCUUGUCAGAGGGACGGUGUAUACAGGGUAGACUGCAGCAUCAUGUAUUAUUCCAACGGGGUAUUCCGAGUUUUCCAUGCCAUAUAGUGCUAUAGCGGACAGGCUAAUGAGCAGGGAAUAUUGUAGGCCUGCGUUCCAAUCAAAUAUCAAUAGGAAUAGUCAAGCGAGUAGAGAUUCAAUAAACGGUGAAAUGUGAACGUAAAGCAAACAACGUAAACGUAGUGUAGUGUAGUUUAUACUGGAAUAACUUAACGUAAACGUUGAUGUCGUAGUUUGUUUACGUAGACGUAUACGUCUGUGUUAGAACAUUUUCUUGAUAAAAACGACAAAGUGAAACAAUGCAAUGAAACAAGCAUAACAACGCAUACAAUUACAUGGACGUAACAUACCGUUGGAUAUCAUCACAACAUCGGAACAAUUCAUGAGUUCACUCAUCAGAUGUUAAUUAGCCGACAACAGUAUUAGAAGAACAGUAUUAUUGAACAAAACAUACGACACGCUAAAUUCACAAAUGCAUUUUUGAGUUAAUUUGCAUAUGACAACGUGAUCUCUGUUGCCUUGGUGACAAUGAUACGAUAUAGGCCUAGGCUACAUUCAGCGUACAAACCGCAACGGACCCGCCAAGACAGUCAUGCCGUUUGCAAGAAAUUGCCACCGAAAAUCAAAACAUUUGAGAUAUCCUUUUCUCAAUGUCAAGGGGUCUUUCACGCUGGAGGAGCGGUGCAGGGACAUGUAAAAAUUGAAUUCACGGAGGCCAUACGCGUGAGAGUAAUCACAGUCCGGAUCGUUGGAAGAUCAAAAGUAUUUUUCGGGCCAAGACGUGGACGAGAAUACAGGUAUCAGAUGAGAGAGGAGUACUUCGACGAGACCAUGGUUCUUACAGAAGCAGAACUGGAAUCCUUCAUGCAUAAACCUGGCGUAUCUUAUUACGAGUUUAUGUAUCCUCUGGCGAUGUCCCUUGCGUCUAGCUUCGAAGGGGAGCAUGGUUACGUCCGAUAUAUGGCACAGGCAACCUUGGAGAUGCCCGAUGAGCCCGAUCUACAUAUAAAGAAAGGAUUUACUGUUCUAAGUGUACUGGAUCUAAAUGAGGAGAAGAAUGUGAAGGAUGUUGCCUUGGCAGAAGUGUCGAAGACCCUUUGUUGCUUAUGUUGUGCAACUGGACCAAUCACAGCAACGAUUAAAAUACCAAGACGAGGCUGGGUUCCGGGAGAAUACAUCCCCGUCAUGGCAGACGUUGAUAACUGCUCCAAACGAAAGAUUCUCAAUACAAAGAUUGUUCUCACACAGCAUGUUAGGUACAGUGGUAAGGUAGAUUUAAGUGACCAUGGACAAACUAACUUGCAUUCCCGCGUAGUUGCCUUUAAGGAAAGAGGGGAGAUUCCACCAGGCGAGAAUGAACUUUGGAAAAGUGAGAUGAUGAGGAUCCCACCAGUACCGCCUUCAAGACUGGUUGGGUGUGACAUCAUACACAUCAAUUAUGACCUAAGUUUGGUUGUCCAACCCGAAGGGCCUGCCUACAAAAUAAGCGUUCCAAUUGAUAUUACCAUAGGAACAGAGCCCCUUAAACGAGAUUCCGAAUCGUCGGAUCAAUUGUCGCCUAUAACCUCGAGUGAUGACCGUAAACAUGAAAAUGAAGAACGAAAGAAAACUAUUACUUUACAUGCUAAACCUCCAGUUCCCCAAGCUGACGUCAUCGCUGAGCCCCCUGUCAUUGUUGUAUUUGAACCCCAGCAAGGGCAUGAUCCGAUCCCAGAAUCUCCCCCAAGCUAUGAGGAGUGUAUAUUUGGGCGUGUGGAAAUAGACGAAGGUGAUGCCAUCGAACCUGGCCAUGGACCAUUGAACUAUACACCAAUGUAUACAUAUUAUAACUGGAAGACAAUGCUACGAGCUGCUUCAAAACGCUCGUUUAGGGCAUCUAAAACGUCACUUAGAAUAUCAAAGGAAAAUUUAGCGGAUGUGGAUACUGCGCAUGUGCAUGGAUCGAAAACGAGUCUUGCUGAAAAUGGGGCCACUGGUGGAAAAUAAAUUACAUGUCUUUCCGGGAAAUAUUUGAGAUGAACCAUUCCACUAUACAUUCGAUGCAUCACAUUUUGAAUCCAGGACUGACAUACUAAAAUAUUUCACAUUUUACAAUUUUAAAAGGCCACACCAUUUUGUAGAUAAAAAUAAACUAUAUUUCUGUAUUAUCGUGGACUUUUCAAGAAGGGUAUUUAAAUUCCAGGAUUCCAAUAUUUCAGUACUGCCUGGUUUUACCGGUUUGAUUAUCAUGCAUCCAUGUUUUGAAUCCACAGAGAGCCUUUGUUAUCACCGCUGAAUAUUUCAAUCUGAAAAGCUAUAUUAUGUAUUAUACGUGUACUAUUUUUAUUGGACUCUAAUGUAUUUAUUUCAAUUGUUCUGUAUUUUAAUGUUAAUGUUUUAUAAAUUUGUACAUUACAAGUAUACAGUAUAACAUCGAUGUUUCAUUCCGUUUUAUAUCGCAUAGGACUUUUAAGUGAUUCGUCCGACUUUCUAUCAACCAUUAUUAUGUACACUCCUCUCCAUAAGUUUGGC